CUUCCUGGAUUGAGUACAGCCAGCAUUCCUCAACAGCUGUUCAACAUUGACACGUUUCAUACAGUUCAAUUCGCUUUCAUUAAUUUCCCGACUAAAGUGUUCUUUUGUACGAUUAGCAAAGUUAUACGUGGUUUGCAAUGAAAAAUGAAGUUCGGCAUACAAACAAAUUCAUCAGCAUUAGUACGCUUGUUGCGUUUUUGGUUGUUCUACUUUCUCUGAAUCGUAUUUGGAAUGUCAAGACCAUCCUUGGAAUUCAAAUACAGAAUGGAUGGGAUGCAAUUUUUGAUCGGAUUGGUGAUGACACAUUUAAUGUCUACGUCUACGCUUUUAAUAUUUCAUUGCUCAUCAUCUAUUGGACCGUUGGACUGGCCUAUCUCUUGAUGGAGCUAACAACUUGGCCAAGGUGCAUUUUUCAGCGGAAAGUUCAACCCAACGUCGUGAUCGAUAAACAAAAAAUCUUAUCGUUGCUUGGCGUGAAUUUAUUCAAUCAGUGCUUCGUGCUCAUUCCCUUUUCCAUCUUCGGCUACUAUUUCCUAACGUACAGUGGAACUCCACCCCCAGUAAGAGAAGUGCCAACUCUCUCCCGAUUCGUGGUUGAUAUGAUGAUCCUCGUUCCAGCCCAAGAAAUAUUUGUUUACUACACUCACAGAAUGUUUCAUCACAGGCUUUUGUAUAAAUGGACCCACAAAUGGCAUCAUGAAUGGACGACACCAGUGGCCUUGUCUUCCAUGUACAAUCACCCCUUGGAUCAAUUGAUUGGAAAUAUCCUUCCAGUCAGUAUCGGUCUAGCGUUGACUAAUUCUCAUUUAUUCACUCAAUGGUUGUGGUUCGCUUGGAGCGCUGUGAGGUCGUUGAACGACCAUAGUGGCUAUCGGUUGUUUGCCUUUCCUUCUCCUGUACGUCACGAUUUUCACCAUCAAAAAUCAACGGAAUGUUUUGCGGUUUGGGCCUGGGGCCCUCUUGACUACCUUCACGGCACUGAUAAGGUUUUCCGCGCUAAAAUUGCUUCAGGAGAAUUGUCUCACUAACUUGGCGUAUAUGAAACUCAAAUUGUAUAGAAUAAACGAAAUACAGUUUUAACUUACGCUGUAAACAUUUUCGGUAAUAA